AAAAUUUAGGAUUGAUUGCGUGCGUGCAUCAUCAUUCAUUGCAUUGUUUUAUUUAGAAUAUUUUCUUGAAUAUGCAAUAGGAUAGCUAUUAAAUUAUAAUUAAUCAACAUGGUCAGAAGCGGGCGUGAUAGAGAACGCGAUCGUGAACGUCGCCGCUCUCACAGUCGGUCAGCUUCGCCUGACCGCAAAAGACGGCGCUCCAGGUCAAGGAGUAGAGACCGAGCAUCCAAAUCUUCGAAGAGGAAGCGUAGCCGCAGCAGAGAAAGGGAUUCUAAGAGAGAUCGCAGCAGGGAAAGAGAUAGGGACAGGAAAAGUGACAAACGCGAUGACAAACGCAAUGGCGCAAGCAGUAAGUCAUCAAGGAAAAAGUCUCCUGAUAAGGAUAGAGACAGAUCAAAAUCCAAAGAGAAAUCUAUCAAACAGGAGUCAACAGAAUAUGACCCUGGCUCUGUGGACAAGGAAGAAGAGCAAGUGCGCUUAGAGGCAGAAAUGCAAAAGCGGCGCGACCGGAUUGAGCGUUGGCGGGCUGAACGCAAGCGAAAAGAGCUUGAAUCAGCCAAGAAGGAGGUCCAGAAGGGCAGCAUAGUCAGCAACAUUCAGAUACCUGCCAAGAAGUGGUCUCUGGAGGAUGACUCUGGCGAUGAAGGUGAAAUGGCUCGCAAUGGUGAGGAUAGCGAGAGUAAAGAAAAAGCCGCAGUUGAAGAGAAAAUGGAGACAGAGGAUGAGAUCGACCCACUAGAUGCUUACAUGCAAGAGGUCCAACAGGAGGUGCGUAAAGUGAACCAAAUGGACCAGCAGAGGGGAAUGACUGUGCCAACGAACGGGGGCACGGGCGUUGUUAUUCUGACGGGCACUGCCAAGAAAAAGGUCACAGAACAGAAAAAUAAAGGAGAGCUAAUAGAACAAAACCAGGACGGUCUAGAAUAUUCCUCGGAAGAGGAAAACGAGGACAUCAAGGACACAGCGGCGAACCUCGCGUCCAAGCAAAGGAAGGAGUUGGCUAAAGUGGACCAUGCCGCUUUGGACUAUAUGCCGUUUAGGAAAGCCUUCUAUACUGAGGUCAGCGAGUUAGCCCGAAUGACAUCUGAAGAAGUAGAAGCAUACCGCACCGAACUUGAAGGUAUCCGCGUAAAGGGCAAAGGCUGCCCCAAACCCAUCAGAACCUGGGCGCACUGUGGCGUGAGCAAGAAAGAGAUGGAUAUACUGAAGAAGCUCAACUUUGAGAAACCUACCCCUAUACAGGCCCAGGCUAUUCCAGCUAUCAUGUCGGGAAGGGACUUAAUAGGCAUAGCGAAGACCGGUUCCGGCAAGACACUUGCCUUCAUCCUGCCCAUGUUUCGACAUGUCUUAGACCAGCCUUCUUUGGAAGACACAGACGGACCUAUAUCGCUUAUCAUGACGCCUACUAGGGAGUUGUGUAUGCAGAUUGGGAAAGAUAUAAGGAAAUUCGCCAAGUCUUUGGGUUUAACGGUUGUCUGUGUUUAUGGAGGCACUGGAAUAUCGGAACAGAUUGCCGAAUUAAAGCGAGGUGCAGAGAUCAUAGUUUGCACUCCGGGCCGAAUGAUUGACAUGUUAGCUGCCAACUCUGGCCGCGUUACUAAUCUGCGAAGAGUCUCCUACAUUGUGUUGGAUGAAGCUGACCGCAUGUUUGACAUGGGCUUUGAGCCGCAGGUGAUGAAGAUAAUCGACAACAUCCGUCCGGACCGGCAGACGGUGAUGUUUAGUGCAACGUUUCCGCGCCAGAUGGAGGCGCUUGCCAGGCGCAUCCUGCAAAAACCUAUUGAAAUUCAGGUCGGCGGCCGCAGUGUCGUCUGCAAAGAGGUGGAACAGCACGUGGCCGUUCUAGAAGACGAUGCCAAGUUCUUCAAACUGCUGGAGUUGCUCGGGCUGUACAGUCAGAUGGGCAGCAUCAUAGUCUUCGUGGACAAGCAGGAGAAUGCCGACAGUCUGCUCAAGGACCUGAUGAAGGCGUCGUACUCCUGCAUGAGUUUACAUGGAGGGAUUGAUCAAUUCGACAGGGACUCCACCAUUGUGGACUUCAAGAACGGGAAGGUGAAGCUUCUUGUGGCUACCAGCGUGGCUGCGCGAGGGCUCGAUGUGAAACAGCUGGUGCUUGUAGUUAAUUACGACUGUCCGAACCAUUAUGAGGAUUACGUGCACAGAUGCGGACGCACCGGACGGGCAGGCAACAAAGGUUUCGCCUGGACAUUCCUCACACCAGAACAAGGGAGAUACGCGGGCGAUGUGCUACGAGCGUUAGAACUUAGCGGGGCGCCCGUACCUCCAGCUCUAAGGCAAUUGUGGGAAACGUACAAAGAAGCGCAAGAAAAGGACGGCAAGAAGGUGCAUACUGGAGGAGGAUUCAGUGGAAAGGGGUUCAAAUUCGACGAAUCCGAAGCAAUGGCGGCGACAGAAAAGAAGAAGUACCAGAAAGCGGCGCUCGGUCUUCAGGAUUCUGAUGACGAGGAUGUGGAAGGAGACCUGGACCAGCAGAUCGAAACCAUGCUGGCUGCUAAGAAGAUUGUCAAGGAGAUCAAGCCGGGCGUAGCGACUCCCGGCGUGCCUGCCGGCGCAGCGGCCGCGGCCGGGGCCGACGGCAAGCUGGAGUUAGCUCGAAGACUGGCGUCUCGUAUCAACCUGGCCAAGGGAUUGGGAGCUGAGCAUAAGGGAGCCACGCAGCAGGCUGCUGAGGCCAUCCUCAAGGGCGCGCCUUCUGCACACACACUCAUCACGGCUAAGACGGUAGCUGAACAGCUGGCGGCUAAACUGAACACCCGGCUGAACUACCAGCCGCGGGAUGAGAGCGCCAACGAACCCGCCGAAGAGGUGUUCAGGAAAUAUGAGACGGAGUUGGAGAUCAAUGAUUUCCCGCAGCAGGCACGCUGGCGGGUCACUAGCAAGGAAGCCCUGGCCCUCAUCAGCGAGUACUCCGAAGCCGGCAUCACCGUCCGAGGCACCUACGUGCCUCCCGGUAAGAAUCCACCCGAAGGCGAGCGCAAGCUGUACCUUGCCAUCGAGAGCUCGCAAGAGCUGGCCGUCGCCAAGGCGAAGUCUGAGAUCACUCGCCUGAUCAAGGAGGAACUGCUUAAACUGCAGACUUCGGCCCAUCACAUGGUCAAUAAGGCUAGAUAUAAAGUUUUGUAGGGAAUAUAAGAUUGGUUGUAA